AUGGCGGCAACUAUUGACGAAGCCAUGGAUUCCCUUCUCCUGGACUUCGAUCAAAUCUACAAUGAUUUCAAGAAUGGAGUUUCAGAGAACCAAUCAUUGCGAGGGAAUUGCAUUGCGGAGGGGAAGAAGCGAGAAGCGCUUGAAUCCACCGUCAGUAACCUUCAAUCAGAAAACGAGAGGCUUGCACGAUUGUAUACAGAAUCUCUUGAGAAAUUAGCUGACAAGAUUGAACUGCGUACCAGUUACCAAACCAUGAAAGAGGAGCUAAAACGACUGAAUGAUGAGCAUUUGCGCAAAGAUACCGAAUACCGUAAUACCAUGGAAAUGCUUAAACAGAAUCAUGCUAGAAAAAUCGAACAAUUGGAAUCACAAAUCAGGGGAUACCACGAUCAGAAGGUGGAAAAUGAAGCAGCAAUGAAUCAAAUCUGCCAAGAUUUGGCUGGGCACAGGAACCAUGUGGAGUUUUUAACGAGAAGAUUGGAAAACGUUUCUUCCGAAUUAGAAUCCAGAUGUGAUGUCCUCAUUGCCUUUUCAGAAUUUGUAAUUUUCAGAUUUAGAGCUCUUUACAGUAGUUCUAACUAUACUACAUUGUCAUUUACAGAUCAUGAUGAGAUUCAGGGUUUGAAGGACUGCAUCCUGAUUGAAAGAGCAGAAAAGGAGGACAUAACCAAGCGGCUAGAGGAUCUGGAGAAAGAAUGUGCGCACUUGACUACUUUGACAAUCACUUUAUUGCUUUCAUAG